AGAAAGAAAAACCUGACUCUGUAAUAGAGAUCUUGAGUCACUCUUCAAAUUCCAAAACUGAGUGUAAUUGAAACUUUGAAGUGUAUAAAUUCAUUGUUUUUGUGAGAACAACAAAUUAUUACUUUUCCCCUCAACGAAAAUUAACGGGGUUUACGGACAAACCAUUCGUCGGUGCGUGUACCUUAUUCCCUGAGUUUUUCGUUGCUACUGCAUGGUGUACAUGUGUUCUGUACCGUGCAAUUCCAUCUGAGAAUCUGCCUUAUUAGAUCAAGAUUUUUGUUUUAAAGAAGCAAAGAGUGGAAGUACCUAUUAGUGAUGCCUGAUCUUCCAUUCCAAGUUGGGGAUUUGGCUGAGUCAAAGUCCUUUCAAAGUGGUUUUCGGGGUGCAUGGUUUCGUUGCAAGAUUAGAGAUAUCCGCACGAAAAAAGCUGUCAUAUCCCAUCUAUUGGAGUAUUUUGACUACACUGACCAAAAGCCAAGUUGGAUCAAGUUGUAUCAAAAGCCUCUAACUAAUAUUGGCAAGUCAAAGGGCUUGAACAAGGAACUGAUGUUGCGACCUUCAUUCCCUACUUUCUCUCGUGAAAGUGAAAAGCUUGAUGUGAAUGCCAUAUCAGAAAUGACUGUUAUUGUUAAUAACACAUGGAAAGUUGGGGAUUUGGUAGAUUGGUAUACCGAUGGUUGCUAUUGGUCUGGAACUGUGACUAAAUUAUUGGGGAAUGAUAAAGUUCAGUUGGUAUCAGAGCAUGUUGAUCUUGAUCUGUUAAUUUGUCAUAUCUGGUGCAUUUUCCGCCGCCAACUGCUAUGUCUGCCACUGUUGUCAUCGACCACCGCCAUAGUUUUCGUUGGUGACCACUGGAUCAUGAUCACCUCUUCAAGUGACCACCAACCCUGUCGAAAUCAGAGCAAGAAGCCUCCCCACGCAUUGUCAUGUGCGUCAAUUACCGAUGUUGUCUUGAGGCGGGUGAAGCCCAUGCGGUGCCUUCCAAUCGCCAGAUCUUCUUCAAACGACCAUCGUCUGACUUGCCAAAGCAUUCCCGUUGCAGUUAUCAUUUUGCUGCGAAUUUUGGCAAAUGGCAUACACAUGAUUAAUUUGCUUCCUCCUCCACUGGGUGAAGGGUUAUCUUAUGAAGCAUUAAGCAAGGAUUUGCGCCCAUCUUUGGACUGGUGUCCUGAAAAAGGUUGGUCUGUGCCUAUACCUGUGGGUGAUGAAUGUAGGCAGCCUUGUGCUCGUAUAAUCAUUCCGGCAAAUUCAGAUGUAACGGAUGAGGUUGGUCGGCAUACAGUAAGGAUGCAUUCUUCUUCAUCUUUAAAUUUGAAAGACUAUCCGGAUAGAUCCAUAGCAAGGAGAAAGCAAAGCAACAGUGCUAGAAAUGGUAUGGAGAUUAACGAGUCUGAUAACGUUUCAAGUUUACACAUGGAUUCGUCAGUUGAGAAUUUGGAAAUAGCUAGCAUCAGUCGUAUAUAUAAUGAGGAUCCCGCAAAGAAGAGCACCGACAGAAGUCUCUAUCUCAAUUCCAUGUCUUCCAAUACUAUAGAAGCUGCAAUCAUGGACUUGGAGGAACUUGUGAACAGGAUUAAAUGGUUAAGGGAUGUGUUGAAUUUGAGGGUGUCGCCUUUAUCAGAUACUAAACAGUCUUGGGAGUUUUCGAAACAUCAUCCAUCAUGCAAAUGAUGGUUCUGUAUUCAAUGUUUAACCUCGGCAUAGAUUUUUUUUUUCUCAAAUAUAAUUCUAGUGCUUUUAGACAGUUUAUUUUGGAUAUAUAGUUGGUUAGUAUAUUUUUGGAACUUAAUGCAGUACCUUGGGCUUUCAUGGUUGGCAA